UUUCUUCAGUUUUAUCUCAUGAACAUCCCUUCAUCCCCACUUUUCUUGGUAUUUGGUAUAAAAAUAAACAAUGGCUAAGAAGAACUGGUUCAGUCUUGUGAAGAGGUUCUUCCUCUUUGAGACAAUUGCAAAAACAGAAAAGAAGGAGAAAAGGAGGAAAUGGAUGUUCGGAAGGUCAAGAACCAAAAGGUUGACAGCACCAACAAAGGAUGAGCAUACCGUGGCCGAAGAACCGGUUUCAGCCGAGAUUGCUCUGCUCACCGAUACCCUUCAACCCGAGCAUAUAUGUGAUGAACAAUCCAAGAAUGUUCAACCUGAUUCCUCUUCAUCUAAUGAGCAUAUGAAGAAUAUCCAAGAAGCUGCAGCCAUAGAAAUCCAGGCUACCUUUAGGGGCUACCUUACAAGGAAAGCUCUGCGGGCGCUGAAGGGGAUAGUGAGGCUUCAAGCAAUCAUCCGCGGAACGGCCGUGAGACGACAAGCGAUGACUACUUUAAGAUGCUUACAAUCGAUAGUGAACAUUCAGUCUCAGGUUUUUGCAAAGAGAGGCACUAGGCAAUAUGAUGAGACCAAACAGUUGCUGACAUUGGAAGACAAAAUAAUUAAGGUGGACAUAAACAGUCAAAGAAGAUGGGAUGAUAGCAUUUUGACAAAGGAGGAGGCAGAUGCAAUGGCUUUAAGCAAGAAAGAAGCUGCAAUCAAAAGAGAAAGGAUAAAAGAAUACUCGUAUGUUCAUCGGAAGUCAGCUGAAUCAGAGAAAAACAAGGGUAAUGGAAGGUUAAAGUACUGGUUAGAUGAAUGGGUGGAUACUCAAGUCGGUAAAAGUAAAGAACUCGGAGAUUUGGACUCGAUUUGGAAUUCAAAUCGCAAGCAGCCUACGGAAGGAAACAGAGCUAAACAGCUAAGGCUGAAGACUUCCCCAAGACAAGAUCAUUAUAAUUUGGAAGGAUCGGAUUCUCCGAUGCUACAGUUUCCUCAAAGAUCGAUUCACAAGAAGCAGUCUUCUUUGGGAGAAGACCAUUGUUUUUCAGCCUCUCCUGUAGUUCCAACAUACAUGGCCGCUACACAAUCUGCAAAGGCCAAGGUAAGAUCGAUGAGUUCACUGAAGCUAAGGCCUCUGAGUUUCGAUGCUCAGUCUGAAAGCUACUCACCAUAUAAGAGCAAACUGUGCCUUGUAUCUUCAAUUACAAGGACUAGUGCUUAUCACCAGAGAUCCCCUAGCCUAAAUGGCAUGUCGGGUCCUGUGAAAUCGAAGCAAACCUUAACGGAUCUUCGCUUGAACUCCGAGUGUUUGUUGCGUAGUUGGGUGCAAGAAAGCACCUUUAGGUGAUUGACU